AUGAAAAAUUUAAAUUCGAGAAGAGGAAAACAUAUCAGAUGGGAUCUCCUCUGCCGUGAAUUCUGGGAGGCAAUUAAAACGGCAGAACCUGAUGGAAGCAAUUAUCAACAACUAAACUUCCUGCUUCAGCAGCUGUCUCCACGAGAUCAUGAAGAGGAUUUCAGAUACAUGCUUCUAUAUCUACAGAGCUAUGUGAAAACAAAAGCAGCCGAAGGAAAACAAGAAGAAAAAGAGCAUCUCCUGCGUCAACUGGUCCACUGCAUACUGAAGGUGUGGUUCUGUGCGGGGGUUGCUAACCCUCUUAUUAGUUGGGAGAAAGUGACGCAUGCCGUAGGAAUAGAAGCAGAGUGGAAGAACCUGCAAAAUACAGUAAUAACUGAAGCCUGCGCCGCUAUUCAGCAGGCUCCUCGAGAGUUCAAGGCAUCAGGAAUAUUCUCAGGAGCGUGUACAGCAGGCGUGGACAAGACUAGUAACAUCCAUUAUGAUUGCACAGGUUACAUUCUCCGUGCGCGAUUACAGAACGGGGCGCCUAAUUAUAAGAAGGAGGGUUGGGUGAACAUCAGAAACAUUAAUAUACCUCCGAAAAGCAUUAGUGUCUGGUUACGAGCUCUACCUAUCAUCCCUCUCUUAAUCUUAGCCGUCAUUCUUUGGCAUAUAUGGGAUCGGGAGUGCCCUGACUCGUUUUUCUCCAGGAGGCGACGGUAA